UCCUAUCAGGCGUGAUGCAGGCCUGACGUUACAAAAACACAUGCACGUGUUUCCGCUUUUAUAGAAAUGAUCAGAAAGAACUUAAAUUGUGUUUAAAAAGCCGGGUUAAAGCUUCCGGUUAAUGCUAAACAGACAUGGAGUUCCUGAAGAGAGCUGUUGUACCGGAGGACGCCGUUCAGUACCGACUCUUUCUGCUCCAUCCGCAACCUCUGGAUGUUCAGGAGAAGCAGCGGCUCCUCCUGCGGUUCCUGGAGGAUGUCCUGGCCGAGGUCGCUGCUCUGCUGGUGGGCUAUAUUUGGCAGAAGCAGCCGUUUAAUCUCAGUUUACAUCCGGAGAAAGGGGGCGUCCCGGGUCACCUGGGCGGCAGUGUGGAAUUCGGCGACAACGUGGAAGACGAGUGGUUCGUCGUUUAUCUGCUCAAACACAUCACGUACAAGUUCAGCGAGCUGGCUGCUAGCGUCCAGGACAACGACGGACAGUUCCUCCUGAUCGAGGCGGCCGAGUACCUGCCCAAGUGGCUCGACCCUGACAGCAGCGAAAACCGGGUGUUCCUGUACCACGGAGAGCUGCAUGUUUUGCCCAAUCGUUUGCGUGCUGGAGAAGCGGGAUGGCCUCGGGAUUCAGUGCCGUCAGUACGAGAGGCUCUGGAGGUGCUGCACACACAUGGCGAGCGCUGCGUAGCUGAUCGGCGCAUCCGAGCUGCACUAGAGCGUCGACUGGAGGGAUACCCUGGUAAAAUCCAGACCAGCCUCCAUCAUGCACAUUGUUACGUACCUGCGGGUGUGGCAGCGGUGUUGUCACGGCGACCUGACCUCAUAGCUCCAGCUGUUUCUGCAUUUUACCUGCGUGACCCUGUUGACCUUCAGGUCUGCAGAACUUUCCGGAACUUUCCCCCCGAAUCCAGAGUCCUCACACUGGUGACGUUCACCCGUUGUCUUUACGCUCAGCUGCAGCAGCAGAGUUUCGUUCCUGACCGGAGGAGUGGAUUUACUCUGCCGCCUCCAUCACACCCUCAAUACAAAGCUCACGAACUCGGCAUGAAACUGGCGCACGGUUUCGAGAUCCUGUGCAGUAAAAGUGGGCGCACAGAGGCCGACUCUGAGGCUCCAGUGACCGCUCAUCCGCUCUGGAGAGGAUUCCUGGACAGCCUGAAGAAGAACGAUUACUUUAAGGGGGAACUCGAAGGCUCGGCGCGAUACAGAGAGCUCGCGACGGCAGCCGAGAGUUUCUUUAAGCAGUCGCUCUCCAGCGUACAGAGUUGUGUUCAUGGUCCGGGUGAGGAGGUGUUGCAGGUGUUAGAGAGCGCCCCCUACAGUCUGGAGGAACUGAAGGAGCAUGUAGCUCACCUUCCACCAGAAGACAGUGACGACUGGUUAAACAUCACCCCAGAGGAGCUAGAUAGGAUGCUGGAGGAAAGAGGGGGUCUGAGGUCAAGUAAAGGUCAAGGAGUCACGUGUGGAGCAGGAAGGAGUGAGGAUGAGGAGAAGCAGCAGGAGGAAGAGGCCGGAUUCACUCUAGUGGCUGUGACGAAGGGGAUGAAGGACUUCAUAAACGCCAUGUCGUCACACCAAGGAGCUGAAUUCCCCCGGUCGUGUUUGUCGGAGCCGUUCAAUGUCGACCCCGAUGCGGUGACGAGCGCUCUGGACAGACUGCUUGGUGGUAAAGAGGAGGAGCUGGACUCUGAUGAUUUGGACGAUGAUGAUGAUGAUGAUGGUGAUGAUGAAGCAGAGGAAGAAGGCUCUGAAGAGCAGACCGGAGCACAGACGUUGGAUAAUCUGAGGAGGUACAUGGACGAGAUGGACCAGGAGCUUCGAACCACGAACGUCGGACAGAGUUUCACGUACAACAGCAAACAGGGCGGCGAUAUCGGAGCAGAUGUAGCAGGAAGCUCUGCGCAGACAGAUGAUGAUGAUCUCCAGCCUUUAGACUUGGACGUCAACCUGGUAACCAAUUUGCUGGAGUCGCUGUCCUCUCAGGCCGGUCUCGCCGGACCCGCUUCAAACCUGCUGCACAGCCUCGGCCUGCGCCUGCCCCCUGACGCCGAUCCCUCCUGAGGCCACGCGCCUGAACCAGCUGGUGCAUCACAUCUCAUGUCUUUACUAGGAAAUUCCAAAUAUGACCACUAUAUUUAUAGUGUGUUCAACACUGUAUACUCCAGUUCGUGUGUAUGUUUGUACAGGAUGUCAAAUAAAAGCGGUUUUCUAAAACA